GUCCCUACCGUGAUCACAAGGAAAAUCCUCAGCCAGGUGUUCUCAUUCAUCAAUGUGCAGCUCUUUAACAGCUUAUUGCUGCGGCGAGAGUGCUGCUCAUUUAGCAAUGGAGAGUACUUGAAGGCAGGUUUGCUAGAAUUUGAGCAUUGGUGCCAAAAAGCUACAGAUGAGUUAACCGGAUCCUCAUGGGAUGAACUCCAACACAUAAGACAAGCCGUUGGAUUUUUGGUUUUGCACCAAAAAACUCAAAAAUCUUUGGAUGAAAUUACAAAUGAACUGUGCCCGAUAUUGAGCACCCCACAAAUAUAUCGCAUUGGAACAAUGUUUUGGGAUGAUAAAUAUGGAGCUCAGGGAUUAUCUUCUGAGGCGAUCGGGAAAAUGAGAGUGUUGAUGGCAGAAGAUUCAAUUAACAUGCUCAAUAAUUCAUUCCUGUUGGACGUGGAUUCCAGCAUACCAUUCACAAUGGAAGAGAUGUUCAGAUCAUUUGGUGAUGUACAUGUGAACCUGAGUGAUGUGGACCCACCACCCCUUCUACGACAAAGAUCAGACUUCCAUUUCCUAUUUCAGCAUGCCGAUUAAAAGCGACACAAAUUUGUUAUUCAUCCAAGCAUUUCCCACACAUUCACAAAUUAAAGAAAAAUGGCAAUUUAUUAAAAGUAAAUGUUGUAAAGUUGAUGAUUUUGUAAUUAGCUUGCCCUUUUGUAUUUUGCUUUCCGUUUUGGUUUUGGGAUGAGAGAGAGAGAGAGAGAG